CUCUAUAAAAUAAGCUAGGUAAGUAUGGAUAAUACUAAAUCGUUGAUUGAAGAUGUCGAUUCCAUUAUUGAGAGGCUGUCAUUACUUUGCAGUACUAGUUCUAAUAGAGCUACUAGUCAUAGAGAAUUUCGUGAAGGUCUUCGCGCAUUGGUGGUAGCAGAUAGCAUAGCGUGCCGAUUGAUUACUUCGCUGAUGCUUAGAAAGUAUGAUUAUCAAGUGACUGGUGUUAAAAACGGGUUUGAAGCUUUAAAAAUGCUUAGAGAGAUGCCAGGUUACUUUGAUCUUGUCAUAAGUGAUGUACAUAUGCCCGAGAUGAGUGGGUUUCAACUACUUCAGUGCAUAUUGCAGGAAUUCGCCACUCUUCCCGUGUUUCUGAUGUCCGGCGAUGACGAUCGUGAAAUGAUGACAAGAGGAAUCCAAAAUGGUGCCGCUUUUUAUCUGACCAAGCCUCUGACUUAUUCUGACAUUGAGAAGUUAUGGCAACAUGUUUUUACAAAGAAUAUGGAAACCAAAAACAUGAGAAAAACAGAAAGUCGUGGACAAAAUUCGUUGCCGCGCAAAAAUCAAAAGAUUAGUAACAUUGGUGGAUCAUCAUCUGAAGCUAAUGACCAGAAUCAAAAGAUUGGUAACAUUGGUGGAUCUCAAUAUUCAUUUUCAUCAUUCCAAGAAGAGUCAAGAGACAGUAGCUUUCAAGGUUUUAACGCUCAAUCAUUAUUACUUCCCGCAAACAACAAUCAAAAGUUAGCGACACCAGCACAUCAAACAUCGCUUGAUCAUAAUGCUUCUAUUGAGAGCGAACAACCUAUUAAUCCGAAGAACAUCGCUACCGUCAGUCACAGCAACACAACCAUUUCAGGCAACGAAUUUAUGUCCGACCCCAACUUCAACAUAAGCGAGUAUUUAGUGGAUGGUGAUACUCAUGAUCCGCAGAACAUCGCUACCAUCAGUCAUUGCAACACGACCAUUUCAGGCAACGAAUUAAUGUCCGACCCCAACUUCAACAUAAGCGAGUAUUUGGUGGAUGGUGAUACUGAUGAUCAGCAGAACAUCGCUACCACCAGUCACUGCAACACGACCAUUUCAGGCAACGAAUUAAUGUCCGACCCCAGCUUCAACAUAAGCGAGUAUUUGGUGGAUGGUGAUACUGAUGAUCAGCAGAACAUCGCUACCACCAGUCAUUGCAACACGACCAUUUCUGGCAACGAAUUUAUGACCGAACUCAACUUCAACAUAAGCGAGUAUUUGGUGGAUGGUGAUACUGAUGAUAGUGACAUCAUUUAGCUAGAAGAAGCUGGUAAGCUAUAGCUAGAGUGAAAAGUUGUAUGCUUGGACCAAUAAUCGUGGAUCAGGAGUCCAUCUUCUAUCUUUUAGACUAUAUUUUAUUUCUAGAUUUAGCUGCUAUUAUUUAUAGUUAAUUCUUAUUUAGCGAUGUCAUCCAUAGUGAAACAUACAGUAUUGUUUUCUGUGGUAUUAAACGGAGACUUUUUA